UAGAUCUGUGGUUUACUAAUAAUCCAAACCACCAAGUUCAACACAACCCGUCACUUAUUUAUUCUCUGAUUGACUGAGAUGAGAACUGCCGAGGAGUCUUCUGGCACGGUCCUGCACCGUCUCAUCCAGGAGCAGCUCCGCUACGGGAACCUCACAGACACCAGCACCCUCCUGUCCAUCCAGCAGCAGGCCCUGCGUGGAGGCAGCAACAGCAGCGGAGGAGGAGGGGGUACCGGAUCCCCCCGCUCCUCCCUGGAGAGCCUGACCCAGGAGGAGUCCCAGUUCCUCCACAUGUCCACCAGACAGGAUCCCCAGGGCCAGGAGCACCAGGGGGACUACAACCACUGUGAGAGUGACUCCUCCGUGUGUCGCCUCUACCAGCUCCACAGACACGGAGAGGAGCUGCCCACCUAUGAGGAGGCCAAGGCCCACUCUCAGUACCUGGCCUCGGUAGAGGCUCAGCGGGGUCAGCCUCAGCUUGGUCUGGGUCUGGAGGUGAUGGAUCACCAGGGAGGAGGAGAGGGCCAGUGGGACCUGAAACGGGAGCACGCCCGCUCCCUCAGUGAACGGCUUAUGCAGCUCUCGCUGGAGAGGAAUGGUGGAUCAUGUGGAUCCAGAGACAGUCUGCCCCUCAGCUCCACUCAGAGUUACCCACAGCUUUCCAAUGGCCACUGUGGGCCUGUUGACCACCAGGGACCAGAGUCUCUCCAGUACCCCGUUCAGAGGGGACCUCCCCCGGACUACCCCUUUCUGGUCAGGCCUCCUGGAUACAUGCUCAGCCACUCACAGGAGAUAAACGGACUCUACUACCAGGAACCUCCUCCCCCAUUCAACUCACAGCACAGGUAAAGAGAACACACACACAAGACAAGCCAAUAUGAAUUAUGGGUUCCCAGUUAAUUUAUAUUAUUUCUAUAAUAUAUUAUUUAUUUAUUUUGCCUUUCUUUAACCAGGUAAGUCAUUGGAGAACACAUUCUUUUUUUUUACAAUAACGACCAUUAUCCGCGUGGAUGAUGCAUUUUCAUUCGAUGUUUCAAAGUAUUAUAGAUAUCAAUGUAGAACUGCAUUGUCGCUAACAAGUCUCCAUCCUCUCCUCUUCUUUGCCCAGGUAUGAACCUGCCCAGGCCCAGAUGGCUCGCCACAGUGUCCGCUCUGGUCCGGAGGUCUACAUGAGCCACAGCAGCCCCAGUACCGCCCAGAUGGACCUGCUGAGGGAGAAUGAGAGACUGAGGAAAGAGCUGGAGGGCUACAGCGAGAAGGCCGCCAGACUUCAGAAGGUGAGAGAGAGGACACUUCCUUGGUUACGUCCCAAAAUGCCCCCCCCCUGGUUAAAAGUAGUGCACUAUAAAGGGAAUAGGGUUCUGUUUGGGACGUACCCUUUUGUUCUCAUACAAUCAUCCUAAUGGUGACCUUGAAUGACUCUGUCAUUGCACACAGCAUGAAAAUGUAUGCGCUCACUUAACUGUAAGUCGCUCUGGAUAAGAGCGUCUGCUAAAAUGACUAAAAUGUAAAAAUACAGCAUUAUACUGUAGGAGUCUGACUGCCUUGAACGUCGUUUAGUGACAGUAAUAGUUAUGAGUAUCAUUACAUUAGAUAGGCAUCAAUCGUUUAUUUAUUUAUUUCUAAGCCCUGUUGGCUCACAGAGGGUGUAGAGGUAGGUAGGGAAGUAUAAACGUGUGUGUGUGUGUGUGUGUGUGUGUGUGUGUGUGUGUGUGUGUGUGUGUUUGCCAAUGCUGCAUAUCAGCGAGAUUAGUCCUCUAGCUGUGCUGUAGCAGGAAUGUGCACCGUGGACGGAUCACAGGGACUUUUCUGUUCAUUUUGGAAUCAUUCAUUGCUAGUAACAGGCAAAGACUCAUAUACAGGUUAUUUCCACAUCUGAAAGUACAUUGAGAAGACACUUCAGUCUGUCUUUUCAUUCAGACUCCUCUAACAUCUUUACAUGGAAGCUCAUGCCUACAUUCCUUCACUUGAUUUGCUACUAGUUGUCAUGCAUCUGCUUGCUACCUGGUAGUGUCUUAUUAACCCAUGAUGUUGAAAGCACUAGUAGCGUUCCUGUUUCAGAGACUGGACUGUCCUCUAUAUCUCUGGCUCCUCCUCCUGCUCCUCCUCUUCCUGCUGGCCGGCCGGACCUACCAAUCUGAAACAAGAACACUUCUCCUCCUCCUCUUCCUCCUUCUCCUGCUCUUCCUCCUCUUCCUCCUGCUCCUCCUCUUCCUCCUCCUCCUGCUCCUCCUCCUCUUCCUCCUUCUCCUCCUCCUCUUCCUCCUUCCCCUGCUCCUGCUCCUCUUCCUCCUUCUCCUGCUCCUCCUCUUCCUCCUUCUCCUCCUCCUCUUCCUCCUUCUCCUGCUCCUCCUUCUCCUGCUCCUCUUCCUCCUUCUCCUGCUCCUCCUCCUGCUCCUCUUCCUCCUUCCCCUCCUCCUCUUCCUCCUUCUCCUCCUCCUCCUCCUGUUGCUCCUCCACGUUGGCAGAAUGCCAUGAGGAGAGAUGAAAGCUCACACUCCUGGGACCCAUAACUGGGGACCCAUAACUGGGGACCCAUAACUGCUCAUUCAGGAAUGUGGAUUCCCACUUCUCUUUAAGAGCAGAGUGUUAGGCAUUUGCUUGUGGGCAUACUGCAGUAUCUACAUAAUGAACAGGCCAGACAAGCAAUUCAUAUGUCUCAUACAUUCAGUAUGACAUCACAGUCUUGUGAGACCAUGGAUCUCUUUGGAGUCAGGUCUUAAAUCCCCCUCUUUUUUAAUGCCACUUUUCCGCUGUCGGACUUUGGACCAGAGUUUUCAGGCUUUUGUGUUUCCACCUCUGAGGCCUGGCCCAAAAAAAGCCCCUCAAAAUGUGACCACUGGUGGGGAUGAGCUGUGUUUUAAGGUAGAGACCCUCAGACUGACAGUAUCCUCUUGUGUGUUUCCUCCCAGCUGGAAGUGGAGAUCCAGAGGAUAUCUGAGGCCUACGACACCCUGAUGAAGGGCUCAGCCAAGAGAGAGACGCUGGAGAAAACCAUGAGGAACAAACUGGAGUCAGAGAUCAAGAGACUACACGACUUCAACAGAGACCUCAGAGGUAAAGGCUACCAGCAGCUAGAUGCUAAUGCUAACAAAGCUAGUCAAACAAUAAUCUGUUUUUAAUGGACUUACCUGCAUAAAUAGAGCUAAAGACUUCACUAGCUACCUGUUUUUUAUUAAUAACCAGGAGCAGGAGUCUUUGUGGUUUAAGUAUGGUUCUCCCCACAUGAAGUAAUAGUAGAUCAUAAUUGAUUUCCCUCCCUCUCUCUCUGACCUGUAGAUCGUCUGAACACAGCUACAAAACAGCAAGUAGCCAAGGAUGUUGAAUCCGACGACCAGAAGCAGCAUGUCUUCGCCAAGCUCGUCGAACAAAGUAAGUCAACAUCGGAUGCCUCCCCAACACGAGAGAGGGGAAUGAGGAAACAGUGUCUUUCUUCUUGUAGACUUUCUGUAGAGGAACUGCACUGGGCAAGGGGGAUCGUUUUCAGAUCUCUUUUGUGAAACAGUCACGCUGGCCGUUUUCAGAUCUCUUUUGUGAAACAGUCACGGGGGGCAUUUCAGGCUGUUCAGUUCUCUGGGAAUGCCCCCUCUGCUGGCCACUCACAGCACGCUGACCCCUGGACAGAUACUGCAUCUCUCCAUCUUUGGUUCAUUUCUUUACCUCAGUAUGUGACGUCAUGAGUGGUCAGUUGUGGAUAAGGUUUAGCCAACUCUCAUGCUGUUAUUGUCCAGCCUUUGGCAAGGGGAACUGCCACUGCCACUGCCCUGCUACUCAUUGUUGGGGUAAAACUUCACAACUAUUAUUUAGUGAACUUGGUAUUUGUAUUGGGGAAAUUACGUUUUUUAAAUCAGCUCAAAGUGGUCCUUAGUCAGUAGUUAUGUGACAGGUUGAACAGUCACGCUACCUUGCCUGUUGGCCUCCAGGAGCAAUGAUUACCCUCUGAGGAAUGUUCAUAUUCAACGUUAAAUGUCAGUCGGUGGGGUUGGAGAAGGUGUUAACUGCGUUUUGGCUUAUAUGAGAUUUGAAGCCACAACAGAAACAGAGCUGCAUGUGAAAAAACCUGUGGUGGGACAUGUUGCAACAUGUUAACCUAUACAUAUAUGUUAACCUAUACAUGUUGCUCUUGGGUUGUGUAACUGUGACAGUUUUAAAGGAGGUUAGGGUACAGUUCUUUCUAGGUAUGUCCUCUUCUCUGGGAUAUAGUAUUGGCUCUUAAUAUGUAGCUGAGGGGACAUUAGAGUUGGUGUUCGACUAUUUGGAUGGCUUUGGAAUGACAGUCUAUAACAGAGAUGUUGGACUGAUUGACCCUGUUUACGACAACUACAACAAGUGCAUUCCUUAGGCAUUAACCUCAGACCCCCCCCCCAACCCCCCCGGUGUUGGAGAAAAGAUUAACGCCUCCACCUCCCUUAGAGUUCACAGUACUUACAAUGUGAAGUGGAACUCUCUUUUAGAUUCUUAGAAUCCAUUAAAGGGACUAAGUGAGUAACUUUCAUGGAUUCCAAUGAAGGAACUCUGGGAGGGGGGGUUCUGAGUUCUACUCACUGAGAGAUCAUGUAGCAGCCGCUCUCACCUGAACAUUUCUAACCAUUUCCUCUCCUCUUUUCUGUCUCUCUCCUAGAUGAACAGCAGCAGCGGGAGGUGCAACGUCUGCGUGGUUCCGGGGAGGAGUGGCUCCGGCGCCGGGAGGUUCUGGAGCUGGCCCUGGGGUCGGCACAGGCCCGUAACCUGGCCCUGGGGGAGGAGCUGGGGUAGGAAGAGGGCGUACGUAGAGAAGGUAGAGCGGCUGCAGAGUGCCCUGGGACAGCUACAGGCGGCCUGUGAGAAGAGAGAGGCCCUGGAACUGAGGCUGAGGACCAGGCUGGAGCAGGAGCUGAAGAACUCCGAGCAGCACAGGUGAGCAGGAUAGAUCAGGAGAUGGAGGGGAGGAGGAGGAGAGGAGAGGAGAGGAGAGGAGAGGAGAGGAGAGGAGAGGGAGGAGAGGAGAGGAGAGGAGAGGAGAGGAGAGGGAGAGGUGAGGUUUCAUUUUUGCGCUCGCUUUUCGGGGGUCUCUUCUCUCACGACGGGCUCUUCGCAUUCCACUCGUCCGCCCCCCUCAACCAUGCUUAUGCACACACCUACACAUAUACACACACGCACGCACACAUAUACACCACCCCCACCCCACACACACCACACACCACACCACACUACACAUACACACACACACGCACACACACAUACACACACACACACACACAGAAUUCUUUGCACUUAAAGUGCUACCUCAUGAUCCACAUUGACAUGUCAUAUUUGACAAACCCCAAGGCUGUAGUAUAAACACAGUCUUACAAAAACAAGACCACUGCUGCAUGUUUGAAACAUUCAACCAUGACCCUUUUCCAACCAACCCUUUCCUUCCCUUCUCAUUCCGUGGUGUCAGUCUCACAGCACGGCUAGCGGCCCCGGCUCCCCGCCCUCUGAUCUGAGCUCCACGGUGUCCGUACAGCUGCAGCUGGCUGAAGGAGAGGAGAGGAUCCUGGCUCUGGAGGCCGACAUCACACGCUGGGAACAGAAGUACCUGGAGGAGAGCACCAUGAGGCAGUUCGCUAUGGACGCAGCCGCUACCGCUGCGGCUCAGAGAGACGCCAACGUCAUCAAACGCUCCCCUCGCCACUCACCCAACAGCAGCUUCAACGACCACCUGCCAUCCAGCCGCAGACAUCAGGAGAUGGAGAAUAGGUUCGUACAUCUUACAUAGAUGGCCCUUUCUCCUGACCAAUUGGUAUACGUUGGUAGUUACAUCUAUGCAAUCUCUGUGUGUGUACUUUAAUCUGCGACAUGUCUGUGGGUUUAUAGAAUCCGAGCGCUGCACUCCCAGCUCCUGGAGAAGGAUGCAGUGAUCAGGGUGUUACAGCAGCGGUCCCAACGGGAGCAGAUCAGGCUAGAGCAGCAGGCCCUCCGCCCUGCCAGGUCCGUCCCCUCCGUCAGCACCGAGGCCAACGGCUCGACCUCCAUCAACGGCCCAGUGGAGCGACCCAUCUGGGGAAAAGGUGAGCGCAGUGGCCCAGGUCUGGGUCUAAGUCUACGUCCCAAAUGGUACCCUAUAGUUCACUACUUCUGUCAUUAGGCCCAUAGAUCUCUAGUCAAAAGUAGUGUACUAUGUAGGGCAUAGGGGGACAUUUGGGACGCAACAGUAGGAGAAGACAGAGAUGAUCAGGAGGUUCACGUAGGAGCCAAGAAUUCAGUGCAGAUAUAGCUACUUCCUGAAAAAUCUGGAGAAUUAUGACAUAGCUGUCUUCUCCUUCUUUUUAGUCUUCUGGGGGUCACAGGUCAUAACGCCUGGAGGAAUGUCAGAUCUAAAACAGCCCCAUGCUAUUAACUCAAGAGACAACUGGCGGCUGCUUAGUGCUCAGUGUCGCCAGGCAGAAUGUUACACUUCUUUAAAAAAAAAAGACUGUUGGGGAGAGGACCCAGUGAGGGACAUUCCUCAAAUAGACGACUGCAUCUUUUAGUAACAGAAUGCAUGUCUUCUCCUCUCCGGCAUAGACGCUCUGGAAUAGACGUGGCAGAGGAUCUCACAGAACAGAUGUUAAUUAACCAGCUUCCUGUUGUUGUCUGUGAUCUGGUAAUUAACCAGCUUCCUCUUGUUGUCUGUGAUCUGGUAAUUAACCAGCUUCCUCUUGUUGUCUGUGAUCUGGUAAUUAACCAGCUUCCUCUUGUUGUCUGUGAUCUGGUAAUUAACCAGCUUCCUCUUGUUGUCUGUGAUCUGGUAAUUAACCAGCUUCCUCUUGUUGUCUGUGAUCUGGUAAUUAACCAGCUUCCUCUUGUUGUCUGUGAUCUGGUAAUUAACCAGCUUCCUCUUGUUGUCUGUGUGUUGUAGGAAAGAGCCUCUCUGAUGACCAGACGGCUGCUGCAGCGUCUCCUCUCUCCCGGCCCCCCCACCAACACCCCCGUGCCCCCCUGGCCCUGCCUCUCCCCCACUCCAAGCCCCAGAGCAGGGACUGCAGCAGCCAGUGUGAUGGUGAUAUUCCAGCCGAAGAGGCUGACCUCACAGUGGAUCCCCCCAGCAGUUCAGACACUGCAGCAGACGUGGUAGAAAUCCUUAUUUAA